AUGGCAGCACAUGGGUCCCCACGUGGCUCCCCACGUGUGCACGACUUGUGCCCAUCGCUUGACUCAACCAAGUCUCCAAACGAUCGUAACAGUUAUCGUCUCAUCCGCUUGGACAGUGGCGUCGAAGCGCUUUUGAUCUCCAGCUCUGACGAAAACAAGCAGAAGUCCGCUUGUGCUUGUAGCGUGCAGGCGGGCUCCUUCAGUGAUCCCAUGAAGUGUCAGGGUCUGGCGCAUUACUGUGAACACAUGGUUUUUCUGGGAAGCAAAAGGUAUCCGGGCGAGUCGCAGUUUGAGGAGUUCCUUUCCGAGAACGGAGGAGAGUCCAAUGCCUAUACGGAGUGUGAGUACACUUGCCUAUACUUCGAGGUCAACCGGAAGGCAUUGCACCAAGCACUCCACAUGUUCGCCGAGCUUCUUCACGAGCCUCUCUUCACUCCAGAUGCAUCUUCGAGGGAGCUCCAGGCCAUCGAGUCUGAGUUCCAGAAGAAGCGGAGAAGCGACCGCGUCCGCGCGGAGACCCUCUUUGCCAGCUUCGCUUCCCAGGGGCAUCCUUGGAGGAUCUUUGGCUGGGGCAACUUGCAGAGCCUCGACGCAGACCCCAAAGCGCAGGGCAUCGACCUUCACGCAGAGCUUGGUGAAUUCUUCCGUCAUCACUACAAGGCUUGCAGAAUGCGGCUCAGCGUGUUUGGGGUUGAAAGCCUGGACUCACUAGAGUCUGCUGUUGCAAACGCCUUCUCCGUGAUUCCACCGUCUUUUGGUGAGCAGCUGGACUUUGCAUCCCACGGCCUUCCUCUGCACAGCAAGGACUUGCCGCGGCUGGUGAGGGUACGACCGAUCUCUGACGGGCACGUGCUUUGGAUGAGCUGGCAACUUCCUUCACAACUCGGACAUUACCAGAGUAAGCCAGCAAGCUAUCUCAGCAGUCUGAUAGGAGAUGAAGGUCAUGGCUCGAUCCUCUCGCUUUUGAAAGACAGGGGCUGGGCCACGGACCUCACGGCAGGCGCCGGUGGUGAUAACUUCACCAACAGCAGCAAUUCCAUGAUCUUCAGUGUUGAAAUCACGUUGACGGUCAACGGGCUCACCAAUUGGACGGAGGUCGCGACAACUGUUUUCCAGUACUUGGACGUGCUCAAAGGUGAUUUGCCAUCCUACCUCUACGAGGAGAAGAAGCAGAUGGCAGAAUGCUCUUUCAGGUUCUUGCAAGAGAAGGAUCCCGGUGACAUGGUGAUUGACAUGAGUGAACGCAUGCUUCCAUUGUACAAGCAUCAGGCAGAUCAUCUGCUUACGGGACCCUGGAUGUAUGCUGAUUUCAGGGAGGACCUCGUGAGGUCCAUCUUGACGUCGCUUUCUGCUCGUGGUUGUUUCUUCAUGCUGAUGAGCAGCUCCUAUGGCAGAGCAGGUGGUUUGGAGCCUACCGAUGCUACCACUACUUCAGACAGCCAGCAAGGUGACGAUGAAGCACGCGGCGUCGAUCCGGGCUUUGCCGAGCUGGCUGGCUGCAAGCCACAAGUGGAGCCAUACUUUGGAACCGAGUACUGGGACUGUCGGAUUGAGGACACGACUCUAUCGAGGUGGGAAACCUUGAACGCCAUGGAGAAGAUGCAUGUUCCGCCUCCAAACCAAUUUAUCGCUACCGACUUCUCUAUUUUGAAGCAGAACGUGGAGAAGGAAGAGGAGUUGGCCUGCCGACCAAGCAUCUACACGGGCUUCCCAUCAAUACAGAGGUUGCUGCCAUCUCCUCAAUGCCUGGAAGACGUCCGCGCAGGCCUGAAGUUGUGGCACGUGCCUUGCGCAGCCCACUUCAAGCAGCCUCGCAGCCAAGUGUCCGUGAAGAUGCACUCGCCAUACUAUGCCCUUGACGCAAACAAUGUGCGAAAAGGGGUGUUGCUGGAACUCUACAUUCUGUGUUUCAAUGACAGCUUGAACGAGAUGCUGUACGCGGCUGGCAAGGCGAGGCUGCACUGUGCGGUCAGUAGCUCUCCAACCCAUGGCUUGACGAUACGAGCGGGAGGCUUCAGUCAGAAGCUGCUGUGCCUGGUUGAGAGCACCUUACGUGCUCGAAAGCUUGAGGAGUAUGCUACACGCUUCGACCGCUUUCAAGCAAUGCAUGAGGCCCUGCUGAGGAGCUACAAGAAUGAAUGGUUGAAGCCACAAGUGCAUUGUUCAGAUCUUCGCAAGCUGCUGCUGAUGCCAUCAAUGCCCAGACCUGCGAUGAAGGAGGCGCAGCUGAGCACAUGUGGUUCGGAGCAGCUCAUGGAUUUUGCCCAGAACUUCAACUCCGAGAUGGGGUGUGAGCUGUUGGUGUCUGGAAACACACCGAAAGACACAUUUCUCGACUGGGCCACGGCAGUCUUUGAUGGCUACACGUUGGCACCACAGACAAAAGUUGAGGUGGACGUGGUACAACUUCCAGUGGGAUCGGCAACGGUGUGGAUGCAGACCGCAGUCGACACUACGCAGUCAAACUCUGCAGUUGAGAUUUAUUUUCAGUUGCCGGGGCGUGAUGCGUGGCAUUGGCAGGAGGACCAGGCUCGGGUCAGGGUGCUUCUGGCUUUGCUGGAAGAUGUCAUGUAUGAGAGCCUAUUCGAUGAGUUGCGAACGAAGCAGCAACUUGGGUACAGCGUGGGAUGCAGCCUACGGGACUCUUUUGGCGUGCCAGGUCUGCGACUGAGAAUUUAA